AAAAUAUCGAUCAAGGCACGCUAUUCCCAAAGAUGUUCCCAACCUCCUGAUCGAUGGAUAAGCAAUGUGUUCUGAGUGGUGCAGCGCAACAGCAGGAGAACCGCAGCAGAAAUCUGGAACCCAUAAACUCUGAGACAUCUACUGCAGCAUUAGACACGCCGCUUCCUAUUGGCCAGGAGAACUACUUACCCCUUCCUCCACCGUCCACCCAGCUAAAACUGCACUUCCUGCUUCUCUGCCUGGCUCCAACUUAAACACACCCAUCUGAACUCUGUGUAGCCAAUGGGAGCAGGGCGUAGGCCCUCGGUGAGCGGCUAGGUAUAAAAGAGGGCCAGCCGUGGGACCAGCCCGUCAGAGGGUUUGUUGUUGUUGCCACUGCCAGAUUGGGACUGGCAAUGCGGAGGUGAGAACUUUUACGAGGUAACAAGGCAACGGGACUUGGGGGUGCAGACGUCGGACCAGCGGUAAGGCCAAUGGAGCAUCGACAUCGGCUGUAAGUUAAGAGUGUUCCUGCCUCCUCUCUCUCCUUCCACCGCUUGCGUUACUGGAUGGAUCAGAAGCCGUUGGCUGUACCAUCGUACGUUGCACUAGCGUUGUAGACAUUGCGGGUGUCUGGAUCAGAAGAAGCCAGGGAGGCGUUCUAGGAAGUCGUCCAGAGGGACCUGCCAUGAGAGAAGAGGUGUCCUGCACCAGCUCCCCGGAAGGGGGACUGGGGGCCAGCGAGGAGGAGCUGGAGCGGGGCUCCAAGAAGACCCCGCAGCCGGGGAACCGCAAGCGCUCCCCGUUCCCCAAGAAGGACAGCUUGGGCCGGGGUCCGGAGGAGCCCGUGGGGCUGAGCCCGGGCGGGCUCCUGCCGGCCGCCGGACCCAAGCGCCUGAAGAAAAGCCCCACGGCAGUGGUCUCGCUGGCACCCACGCCGCUGGGGCCCGGGCCGGAACAGCCCUACGAGGACCUGCACACGCAGCGCGUCAUCGCCAACGUGCGGGAGCGGCAGCGCACGCAGUCGCUGAACGAUGCCUUCGCCUCGCUGCGGAAGAUCAUCCCCACGCUGCCCUCGGACAAGCUGAGCAAGAUCCAGAUCCUGAAGCUGGCGUCGCGCUACAUAGACUUCCUCUACCAGGUGCUGCAGAGCGACGAGAUGGACGCCAAACUGGCCAGCUGCAACUACCUGGCCCACGAAAGACUGAGCUACGCCUUCUCCGUCUGGAGGAUGGAGGGGGCCUGGGCCAUGUCGGCCAGCCACUAGGCCCACCUUUAACCUCUCCUCUCUGACCCCUUCCCCAACCCUCCCCCCUCCCUUCUCGCUCCCCUUCCUCCAGCCCCCCCCCC